UGAAGCGUUAAAACGUGAACGACGAAUCAAAAUGAAGAGGAAGAACUUUUCCUUUCUUCUAGGAUGGGAAAAUGGUGAAACAACAAUCUUCCGCAAAGUAAGAUCUCUCUUGGCUUUCGCCAAACGUUUUCAUCUAUCCUUCGGAUGUGCAUCGCAAUCUAUCAAUCUGAUAUCGAACAAUAAAUCAGUGUCAAACGUAUACGUGAAUCAUCAAUUUCUUAAUUCGUCAAUGAUUCAGGUAAUAUAUUCAAGAAUACUUGUGGAAGGAGAAGAUGAACUAAGUGGGAGAAAGUUGAGAACAACUUUUUGUAAAGAGGACGAAGAAAUAAAAUUCUUGAUCCCCACUUUUCUUCUCCCUUCCAUUAUACUCAGAGUAGGCAAGAGAGCAGACGGACAUUACAGUAGAAAUCCAGAUUGAAAGGAGAAGCUUGUAUAAAAGUUCUGUGGAUAUAUGGAUGGAUGCUCAAUGAGAAAUUAUUCGUUCUCGAUCGAAGGAAAAACUAUAUUAUUGUUAAUGUACAUGAAGAGUGUAAAAUAUUUGUUUUAAUAAUAAAAUGAAUUUCUUGUCGUUAGUGAAUUUCUGAAUUCAGUUCAGUUAGUGAUAUUUUACAUCUAGAAACAAAAUGUAUGACAACGAUGGGAAAAUUUAUAAGAAGAACGAAAGUGAAAUAUCAGAUUCCGUAGAAAAAAGAUUGAAAAAUCUUCUCAACGAUGGACGAAAUGCAUCGGUUCACACAAAUUCAUGCGAUGUUGAUUUACCGUCAUUUUACGAUCCGAAAAGAUUUCGUCUAGGUCAAGAAGCAUUUCAUAAUAAUAUCUUCUCGAUGAUGAUCGCUAAAUUGUCAGGAUUAAUAGCUCUUUUCGCAGUGCCUACUAUAGUUGAUGUAAUCGCAUUUACGAAACAAAGUGACACACCGUGUUUGGCCUUUCGGAGAUACGCUUCGACUGUACUUCAUACAUUCGUGUGGUACGAAAAGGAACCGAAAAAACAAAAAGAAUUCCUUGAAUCUUUGAAAAUCGUCAGGAGGAAACAUUGCAUUGCAUUUCAUAGAAGUUUCAACGCCGGCAUACGUAAAGCUUCGCAAACUGACAUGGCCUUAGCUCAGUUUGGAUUUAUUGGAUAUAUAUUGCUCGGUACUAAACAACUCGGAAUAUAUAUGACUGAUGAAGAAAUGGACGGUCUCGUACAUUUUUGGCGAGUAAUCGGUUGUGUUCUUGGAAUGGAAGACAAAUACAAUAUCUGCAUGGAAACGGUCGAAGAAACGCGUGCACUUUGUGCGAAGGUUUUAGAUGAAAUAUUCUUACCAUCCAUAAUUAAAAACAAAAUAAUAUUCAACGAAAUGGCACAUGUACUUUUAAAAGGACUUUGGUGCAUUAAUCCAUACUUGGAUCCACAUGCGUUCACUGCAUUUACUCUUUACUUAACUUCGUUAAUCGCCACUAAUAAUAAUCAUUCUAUUAAUAUAGAUUAUCAGAGCAUGUCGUGGUAUAGUAAAUUCAUCUUUAAUUUACAACUAUUCGUACAUCGAUAUCUGAUUGCAACUAAGUAUUGGUGGUCCAUUAUAUUUCGCAAAUUCUUCAACAGUCAAAUGCGAUUGGCUAUAUAUUUAACCGAAAAUUAUCCAUAUAUUGCCUAUUGGUCAUUUGGUAUAAAACAAUCGGACGUUAGCACAUAUCGUUAUUAUUUCAAAUGAAUGUAUAAAUUUUGAAAAAGAAAAAGAAAAAGGAAAAAAAAAAGGAAAUUAUCAAUUAUAUAAAAGAUUUAAUUAUCAAAGGUCAUGUAUAUAUAUAAAUAUAUUUUUUACACUUGUAUUCACUAAAUUAAUAAAAUUGCAAAAAGAAAUUACGAUAUACAACGAGGAAAGGAACUUCAAAUGCUUCUUAUAAAAAGUCAACAGGUUAAAAACAUAUAAUGCCAAAUGAAUGUGUAAAUUUAAAAAAAAAAAAAAAAAAAAGAAAAGAAAAAAAAAAUAUUAUUAAUCGUCAUUUAUGUAUAGGAUAUCGAGAAUAUAAAUAAAUAAUGUAAGUUAGAGCUUAUAUCCAAAUAUUAUGUUAUAAAUUAAUUAUUAGACUUAUCUCAAUUAAAAAUGCAAUGAAGAUAUAUGUAUUUUAAACAAAUAUGAAGAUAUAUGUAUUGAAUUAUGUAUAUAUAAUAGUAUCAGAUACCGUUAUUAUAUAAUAUUAUGUGAUUUUUAACAAAAUGUAAUAUAAUAUUUUUUUAAAUUGAAAUAUAAUAUUUUUUUAUAUACAUAUAUAAUAUUUAUUACGCCAUUAUAUGUUGUGACAAUCAACACAUCAGAUAUAUUUCUUCAUAUAAAUAAUAAUUUAAAGCAAUUUUAUGUAUCCAGAAAAUUUAAUAGACUUUAAAAGGGUACACAAGCAAAAGUAAUAAAAAAGAAGAAGAAAAAGAAGGAAAAGGAGGAGAAGACAACAAAGAGUUCGUAUCGACAACAUAUGUUUAAAAUACACACAUAUAUAUAUUUAUUGCAUUUUUAAUCGGGAUGAAUGUAAUAAUUAAUUAUACGUAAUAUAAUAUUAGCUCUAACUCUCCUUAUUAUUUAUUUAUAUUUAAUGAUAUCUUUUACAUAAUAAUGAUUGAUAAUUCUUUUUUUUCUUCUUUUUCUUUUUCUUUUUUAUCCAAAUUUACAUAUUUAUUUGACGUUAUACGUUUAACCUGUUGACUUUUUACAAGAAAGAUUUAAAGUUUCUUUCCUUAUUGUGUCAAAAAAAUUUCAUUUCUUUUCGCAAUUUUAUUAAUUCAGUAGAUACUCGUAUAGAUUUAUGUGUAUAUAUAUAUAUAUACGUAACAUGAUUUUUGAUAAUUUCAUCGAACAUUUAACUACGAUGUCACUACUCCUACGUAUGUAUCUGUUAAUUUUCUUUUAACACCUUUCUUCUUUCUUUUUCUCUUUUUUUUUUUUUUUUUUUUUUUUAUAUUAUUUCACCAGGACCUGUGAUACGUCAUAUAUAUAUUAUCAAAUUACGUCGUGAAUAAAAUUCGUAAGCGAGA